AUGAGACUCAAUCCGGUAGAAACAGCUGUGAGUGGCUGUCAUUUGCCCCCAUGGUCUGUUGCUGCAGAGGAAGCUAAAAAGUGUGCAGGAAUGUCGACUCGUCUACCCUGUGAGUGGCUUCAGUCAUCUAUUUUCUCUGGAGGCUUGCAGACUAGCCAGAUCCACUACAGCUCCAACGAGGAGAAAGAUGACCACUGCGAGAAAGAUGAGGACUGUGCAGGGGGCACACCUGCCAGCAAAUCUCGACUCUGCUCCCACAGACAGGCCCUGGGGGACCAUUCCCAGGCAUUUCUGCAAGCCAUUGCAGACAAUAACAUUCAGGAUCACAAUGUGAAGGACUUUUUGUGUCAAAUAGAAAGGUACUGUAGGCAGUGCCAUUUGACCACACCGAUCACGUUUCCGCCUGAGCAUCCCGUGGAAGAGGUCGGUCGCUUGCUGUUAUGUUGCCUCUUAAAACAUGAAGAUUUAGGUCAUGUGGCAUUAUCUUUAGUUCAUGCAGGUGCACUUGGUAUUGAGCAAGUAAAGCACAGAACGUUGCCUAAGUCAGUGGUGGAUGUUUGUAGAGUUGUCUACCAAGCAAAAUGUUCGCUCAUUAAGACUCAUCAAGAACAGGGCCGUUCUUACAAGGAGGUCUGCGCCCCUGUCAUCGAGCGUUUGAGAUUCCUCUUUAAUGAAUUGAGACCUGCUGUUUGUAAUGACCUCUCUAUAAUGUCUAAGUUUAAAUUGUUAAGUUCUUUGCCCCGUUGGAGGAGGAUAGCUCAGAAGAUAAUUCCAGAACGAAGGAAAAAGAGAGUUCCUAAGAAGCCAGAAUCUACGGAUGAUGAAAAAAAUAUUGGAAACGAAGAGAGUGAUUUAGAAGAAGCUUGCAUUUUGCCUCAUAGUCCAAUAAAUGUGGACAAGAGACCCAUUGCAAUUAAAUCACCCAAGGACAAAUGGCAGCCGCUGUUGAAUACUGUUACAGGUGUUCACAAAUACAAGUGGUUGAAGCAGAAUGUUCAGGGUCUUUAUCCGCAGUCUCCCCUCCUCAGUACAAUUGCUGAAUUUGCCCUUAAAGAAGAGCCAGUGGAUGUGGAAAAAAUGAGAAAGUGCCUACUAAAACAGUUGGAGAGAGCAGAGGUUCGCCUGGAAGGGAUAGAUACAAUUUUAAACAAGAAUUUCUUACUUCCAUCUGUGCAGUACGUCAUGUUUUGUGGAUGGCAAAGACUUAUUCCUGAGGGAAUCGAUAUAGGGGAACCUCUUACUGAUUGUUUAAAGGAUGUUGAUUUGAUCCCCCCUUUUAAUCGGAUGCUGCUGGAAGUCACCUUUGGCAAGCUGUAUGCUUGGGCUGUUCAGAACAUUCGAAAUGUUUUGAUGGAUGCCAAUGCCAAAUUUAAAGAGCUUGGUAUCCAGCCGGUUCCCCUGCAAACCAUUACCAAUGAGAACCCGUCAGGACCGAGCCUGGGGACCAUCCCACAAGCCUGCUUCCUCCUGGUGAUGCUCAGCAUGCUCACCCUGCAGCACGGCGCAAACAACCUCGACCUCCUGCUCAAUUCCAGCACACUGGCCCUCACGCAGACGGCACUGCGCCUGAUUGGUAGCCUCAUUAGAAAGAAGUCUGCUGGGCUGGAAUCGGCAGCUGCGAUAAGAACCAAAGUGUUUGUGUGGGGUCUGAAUGACAAGGACCAGCUGGGCGGGCUGAAAGGCUCCAAGAUAAAGGUUCCUUCGUUCUCUGAGACACUGUCUGCUUUGAAUGUGGUACAGGUGGCUGGUGGUUCUAAAAGUUUGUUUGCAGUGACUGUGGAAGGGAAGGUGUACGCCUGUGGAGAAGCCACGAAUGGCCUGCUGGGGCUGGGCAUUUCCAGCGGGACGGUGCCCAUCCCACGGCAGACCACAGCUCUCAGCAGCUACGUGGUGAAGAAGGUGGCUGUUCACUCAGGUGACCGGCACGCCACGGCUUUAACUGUCGAUGGAGAAGUGUUUUCGUGGGGCGAAGGUGACGACGGAAAACUUGGACACUUCAGCAGAAUGAACUGUGACAAGCCAAGGCUGAUCGAGGCCCUGAAAACCAAGCCAAUCCAGGAUAUCGCCUGUGGGAGCUCCCACAGCGUGGCCCUCACAUCCAGUGGAGAACUGUACACCUGGGGCCUCGGCGAGUAUGGCCGGCUGGGACAUGGGGAUAAUACGACCCAGCUAAAGCCCAAAAUGGUGAAAGUCGUUCUCGGUCACAGAGUAAUCCAGGUUGCAUGUGGGAGUAGAGACGCACAGACCCUGGCUCUGACCGAUGAAGGUUUGGUAUUUUCCUGGGGUGAUGGUGACUUUGGAAAAUUGGGCCGAGGCGGAAGUGAAGGCUGUAACAUUCCCCAGAACAUUGAGAGCAAUGGACAGGGGGUGUGCCAGAUUGAGUGUGGAGCUCAGUUCUCCCUGGCGCUCACCAAGUCUGGAGUGGUGUGGACAUGGGGAAAGGGGGAUUACUUCAGGUUGGGCCAUGGCUCUGACGUGCACGUGCGGAAACCGCAAGUGGUGGAAGGGCUGAGAGGGAAGAAGAUCGUGCAUGUGGCUGUCGGGGCCCUGCACUGCCUGGCGGUCACGGACUCGGGGCAGGUGUAUGCUUGGGGUGACAAUGACCAUGGCCAGCAGGGCAAUGGCACGACCACGGUUAACAGGAAGCCCACACUCGUGCAAGGCUUAGAAGGCCAGAAGAUCACACGCGUGGCUUGUGGGUCGUCCCACAGUGUGGCGUGGACAACCGUGGAUGUGGCCACGCCCUCUGUCCACGAGCCCGUCCUCUUCCAGACUGCAAGAGACGCUUUAGGUGCUUCCUAUUUAGGCGUGCCUUCAGAUGCCGAUUCUUCUGCUGCCAGUAAUAAAAUAAGUGGUGCAAGUAAUUCUAAGCCGAAUCGCCCUUCUCUUGCCAAGAUUCUCUUGUCACUGGAUGGAAAUCUGGCCAAACAGCAGGCCUUAUCGCAUAUUCUUACAGCAUUGCAAAUCAUGUAUGCCAGAGAUGCCGUUGUCGGAGCCCUGAUGCCGGCUGCCAUGAUUGUCCCGGAGGAAUGCCCCUCGUUCUCCUCCGCGGCCCCUUCCGACACGUCUGCCAUGGCUAGUCCCAUGAAUGGAGAAGAAUGCAUGCUGGCUGUUGAUAUGGAAGACAGACUGAGUCCAAAUCCAUGGCAAGAAAAGAGAGAGAUUGCUUCCUCUGAGGACGCGGUGACCCCCUCUGCAGUGACUCCAUCGGCCCCCUCAGCCUCCGCUCGGCCAUUUAUCCCAGUGACGGAUGACCUGGGAGCCGCAAGCAUCAUUGCAGAAACCAUGACCAAAACCAAAGAGGAUGUUGAAGGCCAAAAUAAAGCAGCAGGUCUGGAGCCUCAGGCCUUGGAUGAGUUCACCAGUCUGCUGAUUGCGGAUGACACCCGUGUGGUGGUGGACCUGCUCAAGCUGUCGGUGUGCAGCCGGGCCGGGGACAGGGGCAGGGACGUGCUGUCUGCGGUGCUUUCCAGUAUGGGGACUGCCUACCUGCAGAAGUCACGUGUGUUUUCAGUAAUUUUACUAGAAUGUACGUUCAUGUGGCUAUUCUCGGUGAUGUUCCUGGUUAGAAGCCGCGUGUUUUUCUCGGUAAUUCUACUAGAACAUACGUUCGUGUGGCCGUUCUCGGCAGUGUUCUUGGUUGGAAGCUGCACGUGUUUUCUUGAAGUCGCAGUGGCUGUUCUCAGCGAUGUUCUUGAGAAAUCGCGUGUGCUUUUUCGAAUGUGCGUUUGUCGCAUGUUCUCGGUGAUGUUCCGGGUGAGAAGCCGCAUGUGUUUUCUCGGUGACCUUCCCGGAGUGUGCGCCCGCGGGGCCGUUCUUGGUGAUGUUCCCGAAUGUGUGUCCGCGCGGCUGUUCUCAGGGAUGUUCUCGGUGAGAAGCCGCGUGUGUUUUCUUGGUGAUUUUACUAGAAUGUGCAUCCGUGCAGCCGUUCUCGGUGAUGUUCUCGGUAAGAAGCCGCGUGUUUUCUCGGUGAUUUUACUAGAAUGUGCAUCCGUGCAGCCGUUCUCGGUGAUGUUCUCGCCCAAGGACAUGAUCUUCAGUGGGGAUGAGCUGGGGAAAGGGGCGGGUGCAGAAGGACUCAGGGUGGAAUUUGACCAGCAGUGCUCCACGGAGAGGCGCCAUGACCCUCUCACAAUCAUGGACGGCGUCAACAGGAUCGUCUCCGUGCGGUCAGGCCGAGAGUGGUCUGACUGGUCCAGCGAGCUGCGCAUCCCGGGGGAUGAGUUAAAGUGGAAGUUCAUCAGCGAUGGUCUGUGAAAUGGCUGGGGCUGGCGCUUCACCGUCUAUCCCAUCAUGCCAGCUGCUGGCCCUAAGGAACUCCUCUCGGACCACUGCGUCCUCUCCUGCCCAUCCAUGGACUUGGUGACGUGUCUGUUAGACUUCCGACUCAACCUUGCCUCCAACAGAAGCAUCGUCCCUCGCCUUGCGGCCUCGCUGGCGGCGUGUGCACAGCUGAGUGCCCUAGCUGCCAGUCACAGAAUGUGGGCCCUUCAGAGGUUGGGGAAGCUGCUUACAACUGAAUUUGGGCAGUCAAUUAACAUAAAUAGGCUGCUUGGAGAAAAUGAUGGGGAAACAAGAGCUUUGAGUUUUACAGGUAGUGCUCUUGCUGCUUUGGUGAAAGGUCUUCCAGAAGCUUUGCAGAGGCAGUUUGAAUAUGAAGAUCCAAUUGUGAGGGGUGGCAAAUAGCUGCUCCACAGCACGUUCUUUAAGGUACUGGUAGCUCUUGCUUGUGACCUGGAGCUGGACACUCUCCCUUGCUGUGCCGAGACACACAAGUGGGCGUGGUUCCAGAGGUACUGCAUGGCCUCCCGCGUUGCUGUGGCCCUUGACAAAAGAACACCGUUGCCCCGUCUGUUUCUUGAAGAGGUGGCUAAGAAAAUUCGUGAAUUAAUGGCAGAGAGCGAAAACAUGGAUGUUCUGCAUGAGAGCCACGACAUUUUUAAAAGAGAACAAGAUGAGCAGCUCGUGCAGUGGAUGAACAGGUGACCAGAUGACUGGACUGUCUCUGCUGGUGGCAGUGGAACAAUUUAUGGAUGGGGACAUAAUCAUAGGGGCCAACUUGGGGGCAUUGAAGGUGCAAAAGUCAAAGUUGCCACUCCCUAUGAAGCCCUCGCAACUCUCAGACCCGUGCAGUUAAUCGGAGGGGAGCAGACCCUCUUUGCUGUGACGGCUGAUGGGAAGCUGUAUGCCACUGGGUAUGGUGCAGGUGGCAGACUAGUCAUUGGAGGGACAGAGUCGGUGUCUACCCCAACAUUGCUUGAAUCCAUUCAGCAUGUGUUUAUUAAGAAAGUAGCUGUGAACUCAGGAGGAAAGCACUGCCUUGCCCUGUCUUCAGAAGGAGAAGUUUACUCUUGGGGUGAGGCAGAAGAUGGGAAGCUGGGGCAUAGCAACAGAAGUCCGUGUGACCGGCCUUGUGUCAUUGAGUCUCUGAGAGAAAUUGAAGUGGUCGAUGUUGCUGCUGGUGGAGCCCACAGUGCCUGUGUCACAGCAGCCGGGGACCUCUACACGUGGGGCAAAGGCUGCUAUGGCCGGCUGGGGCACAGCGACAGCGAGGACCAGCUGAAGCCGAAGCUGGUGGAGGCGCUGCAGGGCCACCAUGUGGUAGACAUCGCCUGUGGCAGCAGAGACGCCCAGACCCUCUGCCUCACAGACGACGACACUGUCUGGUCCUGGGGGGACCGGGACUACGGGAAGCUUGGCCGAGGAGGCAGCGAUGGCUGUAAAGUGCCAAUGAAGAUUGAUUCUCUUACCGGUCUUGGUAAAGUGGAAUGUGGAUCCCAGUUUUCUAUUGCCCUUACCAAAUCUGGAGCUGUUUAUACCUGGGGCAAAGGCGAUUAUCACAGGUUGGGCCAUGGAUCAGAUGACCAUGUUCAAAGGCCUCAGCAGGUCCAAGGGUUGUAGGGAAAGAAAGUCAUCGCCAUUGCCACUGGCUUCCUGCACUGUGUGUGCUGCACAGAGGACGGUGAGGUUUAUACAUGGGGCGACGAUGAGGGACAACUGGGAGAUGGAACCACCAAUGCCAUCCAGAGCCCUCGGUUGGUAGCUGCCCUUCAGGGUAAGAAGGUCAACCGUGUGGCCUGUGGCUCAGCACAUACCCUCGCCUGGUCGACCAGCAAGCCCGCCAGCCCUAGCAAACUCCCAGCACAGGUCCCCAUGGAGUACAAUCACCUGCAGGAGAUCCCCAUCAUCGCACUGAGGAACUGCCUGCUGCUGCUGCACCACCUCUCCGAGCUCUUCUGUCCCUGCAUCCCCAUGUUCGACCUGGAAGGCUCGCUCGACGAAACUGGACUUGGGCCUUCUGUUGGGUUCGACACCCUGCGAGGAAUUCUGAUAUCCCAGGGAAAGGAGUCAGCUUUCCGAAAAGUAGUGCAAGCAACCAUGGUGUGCGAUCGUCAGCAUGGUCCCGUCGUGGAGCUGAACCGCAUCCAGGUCAAACGAUCAAGGAGCAAAGGUGGGCUGGCCGGCCCCGACGGCACCAAGUCUGUCUUUGGGCAGAUGUGUGCUAAGAUGAGCUCCUUUGGUCCCGACAGCCUCCUCCUUCCUCACCGUGUCUGGAAAGUCAAGUUUGUGGGUGAAUCUGUGGAUGACUGUGGGGGUGGCUACAGUGAGUCCAUAGCUGAGAUCUGUGAGGAGCUGCAGAACGGACUCACACCCCUGCUGAUCGUGACCCCCAACGGGAGGGAUGAAUCUGGGGCCAACCGAGACUGCUACCUGCUCAGCCCGGCCGCCAGAGCACCUGUGCACAGCAGCAUGUUCCGCUUCCUGGGUGUGCUGCUGGGCAUUGCCAUCCGAACCGGGAGUCCCCUAAGCCUCAACAUCGCUGAACCUGUCUGGAAGCAGCUGGCUGGGAUGAGCAGCUGGCUGGGAUCGCGGACCUCAGUUGAUAAAGAUUUUAUUCCUGGACUCAUGUACAUCCGAGACAAAGAAGCCACCUCAGAGGAGUUUGAGGCCAUGAGCCUGCCCUUCACGGUGCCGAGCGCCAGCAGCCAGGACGUCCAGCUGAGCUCCAAGCACACGCACAUCACCCUGGACAACCGCGCGGAGUAUGUGCGGCUGGCGAUAAACUACAGACUCCAUGAAUUUGAUGAGCAGGUGGCUGCUGUUCGGGAAGGGAUGGCCCGCGUUGUGCCUGUCCCCCUCCUCUCACUGUUCACCGGCUACGAGCUGGAGACGACGGUGUGUGGCAGCCCUGACAUCCCCCUGCAUCUUCUCAAGUCGGUAGCCACCUACAAAGGCAUCGAGCCUUCCGCGUCGCUGAUCCAGUGGUUCUGGGAGGUGAUGGAGUCCUUCUCCAACACAGAGCACUCUCUCUUCCUUCGCUUCGUCUGGGGCCGGACAAGGCUGCCCAGGACCAUUGCCGACUUCCGGGACCGAGACUUCGUCAUCCAGGUGUUGGAUAAAUACAACCCUCCAGACCACUUCCUCCCUGAGUCCUACACCUGUUUCUUCUUGCUGAAGCUGCCCAGGUAUUCCUGCAAGCAGGUGCUGGAGGAGAAGCUCAAGUACCCCAUCCACUUCUGCAAGUCCAUAGACACGGAAGACUAGUCUCGCAUCGCGCUUACAGGAGAGCCGGCCACGGAGGACAGCAGCGAUGAUUCAGAUAACGAGGAUGUCGACUCCUUUGCUUCAGACUCUACGCAAGAUUAACAGGACACUAAGAUGACCCAGUAAAGGAACCGACACCCCCAACCCGUUCCACACAGGCAGUUCAUUCCCCUUCCCCGCCUGGGUUCACGACAACGCCUGAACCGCCAUGCCCUGCCCUGCCCUGUCGGGGUCCCUGGAGCAGGCCGGCUGACCGAGGGCGACCGCGGUCCCGAGAGGGCUCCGGCCGCAGCAGGCUCCCACCUCGGGGCGCCGCGACGGUGCCUGGAUCUGGAGAGACGCGCUCUCCGCCUCCUCCCACCCAAGCCUCGCACAGUAACAGGCCGGGCCGGGCCAGUUGCGGGAGAAAGGGGCGGGGAACCGGGACCUCUGGGGACAGGUGCCUCUUUGUCCCGGACUCCGGGUGCCCCCGUCAGGCCCGGGAGGCCGCUGCUGGGCGCCUCACCUUGAUGUUGCGGUGGAGCGUGAGCGGCAGCGGCUCCUGGUUCUCCUGGAAGACAGACGCUCAGUUUGGCCUUGAACCCUGACAGGGACAUCUUCUCCUCAUCUCCGGCGGGAGGGGCCUCUCCAGAGCCACUGGUAUGGUCGCGACCACCAGGCAGGGCAGCCCGGCGGAGCUCUCACGGCUCUGCGACCCUCCUGUGAGCACGGCUGGAAAAUGGCAGGGGGCACCGCGGACUUGGCGGGAGCCCUGUGGGGGCGCUGCUCCCUCGGUUCCCUCUGCUCCUUUCGGAUUCCACCCACGGAGGGCGGGCGCCUGUCAAGCCACAGCGUAAAGGGCAACAGCACCGCCGCCCCCGCUACCGCCCGGGAAAGGGCUGCCCCUGCCCCGCCCCCGCUUCUGUCCCCCUCCCCCCUCAACCUGGCGCCCCGCGCGCCCUCCCGGUGUGCUCGCUCCCGGUGCUCCUCCCCCCCCACUCCCUUGACCCCGCACCUUCCUGCCAACCCAGUUGGGCCCUUCCUCACACUCGCCGACUGGGCGGCACAACCACCAACGCGGGCGCGCGUGUGUGUGUGUGUGCGCGCGUGUCUCCCAAACGGGGUGGCUCACGCAUGUAAUCCCAGCACUUCGGGAAGCCAAGGCGGGCGAAUCACGAGGUCACCAGAUGCGACCAUCCUGGCUAACCCGACGACUGGGCGGCACAACCACCAACUCUGUGUGUGUGUGUGUGUGUGUGUCUGGCACAGCCACCAACUGUGUGUGUGUAUCCGGCACAACCACCAACUCUAUAUGUGUGUGUCUGGCACAGCUACCAACUGUGUGUGUGUCCAGCACAACCACCAACUCUGAAUAUGUGUAUCCAGCACAACCACCAACUGUGUGUGUGUGUUUGUGUAUCCAAGGGUGGGGGUGGGUCACGCCUGUAAUCCAAGCACUUUGGGAGGCCAAGGUGGGCGGAUCACGGAGGU